CGUGCGGGCGGCCGUGCGGGCUUUGUCAGCAGGCCAGCGGGGCGGGCGGCCAGCGGUCCGCGUGCAGGGCGCGCGCUGUCCUCUCGCCGCUGGGGGCCGGGGGUCACACACCCAAGCCGUAGAGCCUCCAGCUUCAGCGUCUGUGUCGCAGUUCUCAAGCCCACCAGCCCUUCGGAGGUGGCCUGGCGGGGGAUGGGGGGCACAGGUGCGGCUAGUACUACUGUUUUGCUCUAAGCCUGCCUCCUCUCCCAGGAGCCCAAGGGAGCUCUCCAAAUGAUGCUGGGGAAGUGGCCGGGGCCUCGAGCUUCUUUGUGCUGGAGGAGAUGCAGAGCCGGCACCUCUGUCCUGGCGGGGGUAGAGGUGAUGAACAGGAUCCCCUCCAGCCCUGGUCCCGAAGGAGAACUCCCAGGUGGGGAGAGGUGAUGGGCUGCGCUGUCCCAGCUCUUCCCUGAAGGCUCCCUUUUUAGAGUCGUAUCUGAACCCGGUGGCCGUCUCUGCUGAUGUCCUGGACGUCGUACCCCCUCAUGCAGUGGCUGCAUGGUAGUCAUGGGAUCUUCAGGGCCUGAGUAGCAUGCCUGUGGUUUCCCAGGAAUGUUAGCUGGAGGCCAGUUUGAACUCAGGCAGUUUGUCUGUAGAGCUCAUCACUCUGCAGUAGCCGUUCUGCAGCACAUCCUUUCCCCGAGCUCCAGUCCCAAUGAAUGACAGAAAUGUCUUUUGCCCACCUAGGGUCUGAGAGAUGCCAAUCAAACCGAGUCUUCAGGCGAUACCUUGCUCCUGUCCACAGAGACGGACUGGUGACUAGAAGGUGACUCCGGAGCCUGAAUUUCUGAGCAUGGAAAUCUGCAGAAGACAGUGUCCGAAGCCCUCACGGUGAUGGAGCUCGCUGCCCCUGUGCCUGGCGGGGCCCCUGAACCCAGAUUAGGGGGGCUGUUGGGAAACCUGGACGGGCAGAGCCUGCGGAGCUGCCCCUCCCAGGAGGGGGGUUUCAAGCAGGUGACAGUUACCCACUGGAAGAUCCAAACAGGAGAGGCAGCGCAGGUGGGCAGUAAGUCAGGAGGAAGCCCCGUCCUGAGCUCAAACCUCCUCCUGCUUCAGAGAGAGCUGAUCGGAGGGGAGGCCCACCAGCGCGAGGCUUGCGGAAGCUUCCCAUUUAAUUCGGACCUGGUCAGACAUCAGGUUUCUCAGGCUGGGGAGAAAUCUCACAGACGUGAUGAGUGUGGGAGGGGCUUCGGCCAGAGCUCCCACCUCGUGGAGCAUCCGCGCGCUCACGGCGGAGACAGACUCUACGUGUGUAACGCGUGUGGGAAAGACUUCGUUCUCUAUGCGGAUCUUGUGGCGCAUCAGAAAGCGCACGCGGGAGAAAGGCCCUUCAAGUGCGCUCAGUGUGGGAAGGCGUUCUGUCACAGCUCAGACCUGAUCCGCCACCAGCGCGUCCACACCCGGGAGCGACCUUUCGAGUGCAAGGAAUGCGGGAAAGGCUUCAGUCAGAGCUCGCUGCUCAUCCGGCACCAGAGGAUCCACACUGGGGAGAGGCCCUACGAGUGCAACGAGUGCGGCAAGGCCUUCAUCCGGAGCUCCAGCCUCAUCCGGCAUUACCAGGUCCACACGGAGGUGAGGCAGUACGAGUGUGAGGAGUGCAGGAAGGCCUUCCGCCACCGCUCGGACCUCAUCGAGCACCAGAGGAUCCACACUGGGGAGAGGCCCUACGAGUGCAACGAGUGCGGCAAGGCCUUCAUCCGGAGCUCGAAGCUCAUCCAGCACCAGAGGAUCCACACUGGAGAGAGGCCUUACGUGUGCAACGAGUGCGGGAAGCGUUUCAGCCAGACGUCGAACUUCACUCAGCAUCAGAGGAUCCACACUGGAGAGAAGCUCUAUGAAUGUAACGAGUGCGGGAAAGCGUUCUUUCUGAGUUCAUACCUUAUUCGACACCAGAAGAUCCACACUGGAGAGAGGGUGUACGAGUGUAAGGAAUGUGGGAAAGCUUUUCUCCAGAAAGCCCACCUCACUGAGCAUCAGAAGAUCCACACUGGGGACAGGCCCUUCGCCUGUAAGGACUGUGGGAAAGCCUUCAUUCAGAGCUCCAAGCUCCUCCUACACCAGGUUAUUCACACUGGAGAGAAGCCCUAUGUAUGUAGUUACUGUGGGAAAGGCUUUAUUCAGAGGUCAAACUUCCUUCAGCACCAGAAAAUUCAUGCUGAAGACAAACUCUAUGAAUGUAGUCAGUAUGGGACAGAGUUCACCUCAACUCCAAACUUUAAAGGCAGUCAAGAGGUUCACCAAGAGGGACUUCCCUUGAGUCAGACCCCCAUACAUUUGGGUGAGAAGUAUGUAGGUCAGGGGGAACACACAGACUUGUAACUAUACUCCAACUCACUGAGUGAUACUCGAAGCAAGUGGUGUGAGCCCUAAGUCAUGCGGCUUUGGACGUGUCACCAUUUCCCAGAGUCACCGGCAGGGCUGCCUCUGGAGUGGGCUGCCACCUCCCACUAGGCUGCCCAGCCGGCCCGCCGUCUUCCUCCCCUGCUGGGAGCACGUGCCCUCGGGAGAGCCACGUGACUGGACAGCUUACCUGGAGCUGGACCAGCGUGGGGGGAGGAGCUCGGCCUCGGGAGAAGGUUCUUCUGUUUCAUUGCACAAUUACAAUUCACCCCAGAGUUAAAUCCCUUCUAAAGUAGAAUUAUGUAUCUAAUCACAUCACUUUAAAAGAGUAUUCCUUAGCAUAUUUUGAUCUAUCAGAAAGGCAAGUUGGAGAAACAUCCUUUCUCAUCUAAAACCACAAAUUGGUUCCCUGUCGUCCUUAGCAUAAGUUCCAAUCUCCCCAUCCUGCAUCCGAAGGCCUUUUGCUUCCUGCGGCCUCUUCUCCCGCCGGUUAACUCCCUGCCGCACCGUUGGCACUGCGGCAGCACUAACUGCUGGACGUCCCCACUUAGCCAGGCCGCUCCUGCCUCCUUGCCUCCGUCCUGGUUGGAAUGCCCCCUCUCCUCACCCGGCUGACUCUCGGCUCAGCCCGCUGCCCUCUGCUUCCGUUCCUCGGUGGUCCUUCACCUCUGUACUGCACUUAUUACUCUGAUAUGUCAAAAUCGUGUUUCGGAUCCUCUCUCUUUCCUUGUUACAGUGUUAAUUCGUGGAGCACAGUGAGCGUAUCUGACUGAUUUAUGUGUCCCUGGCGUCUAGAGCAAGGCAGUAAAGAGCACACCCCAGUCCCUGUGUACUUGGUUUGUCUUCUCUAUACUGCUGUUUAAAAUGUUUUUGGAUGCUCUUUUUGUUGUUGCUGUUUUGUGUAAUCUGCUGGUCUGUCGGAAGUACCUCCUCUCGGCCCUGCUGGCGUCUUCGGCUCAAACUGCGUUCAGCACUUGCAGGCAGUAGCCAGAGUAAGAUGGCGCCCCUUGUGUUUUUGCCUUCACAGCUUGUCCAUGACUGUCCACUUGCUCUGGGGGAGGCUUGUCCUCAGUCAGUCGUCUGUGUAUCUUUCUAAUUCAUUCAAAGGGCACGCGGUCCUGGUGCGCUACAUGGCUUUUCCUGUCUCAGCCAUUCCAUGAUUGAGCCCAACUUCUUCCCCUUUCCCUGCUCUCUGGCUCACUUUGUCAUUGAUUUGAAAAUGUAAUUAUCUAAAAGGACCAGUGCUAAAUACUGGGAAACCGAGACGAAUGAGACACCAUCUGUCCUGAAGUUGUCCGGAGUCUGAUGGGGGAGGCAGGAAGGUCACAGUACGCUGAGUUAAGUGUUGAAGUGUGUUCCCAGUUGUGCAGGAGCAUAGGUAAGGAGGUGACUAAUUUGGCACGGGGCAAGUGGGACGGCUUCACAGAGGAGGUGACAGCAGACUGGUCUACAGAGAUAAGUAGACAUUUGUCAGCUAGAGCAGAGGAUGAUCUGGGAGGGAAUCUGGAGAAACGGAAGGACUGGCGGAUCCCUCUCUGGGUAGGGCUGUUCAAAAGCAGGCCAGUUUUAUUACACAGCAGAACUGUUAGUCGUUCCCUCUGAAUUUCUUUCAUCUGAACAUUAACAAAACAACCAGCUUUGAAAUGCUGUGAUAAUGGAUUGCCCACGAGGGCGUAUCUUGAGUUCUUAAACUCCAGCAGCCCUAGAAGCCAUGAGGGGGUAAAUAAUUCAAAAAGAGCACACAGUACUCCAUCUUGUGGAAGACUCACCAUUACUGGAGAUGUUUCAAAUGGUAUAGAAGCAGAUAUUACCAGACCAUUUUAACCAACUUUGGUUGAGGUCCAGUUGCCAUACAGUAAAACACCUAUUUUAAGUGGAUAGAAUUUUGACAAAUCCAUACGCCUGUGUAACCAUCAUCAUGAUCAAGAGUAACAUUUCUGUCACCCCAAAAUGUUCCCUUUUGUCCUUUCCCAGUUAGUCCCACCUCAGGCCCAAGUAACCACUUUCUGUUAGUGUGGAUUUGUUAUGCCUGUUCCAGGACUUCAUAUAAACGGAUUCAUAUGGCAUGUGAUCCUGUGUGAUCCAAACUUCGUUCACUUUGGCAUGUUUUAAAGACUCAGCUGAGUAGUUCUGUGUUUCCAUAGCUCUUUUUCUUUGUGAGUAGUGUUCCAUUGUGUGGGUAAGCAUCAUUUAUUAUUCAUUCAUCUGUUGAUGGAAAUUUGGGUUUCCAGCUUUGGCUGUUAUGAAUAAAACUGCUAUGAGCAUUUCCGUAAAAGUAUUUAU